AGUCAGAUUACAACAUGAAAUUUCUUCUAUACCGUACUUGACGUGUUCAAUGAACUAGUGGUGUUUUUAGUCGGUUGAGUCCAUUUUGUAGAGUAGGAUUAAUUAUGUUUUAAUUAAUUUUGAACCUUUUAAUGAUUAAUUCAAUUUGAAAGAUUUUUCUCGUUCAUUAUCAGUUUGGUACGGAUUUCGGUGAAACAGUGUUCCGGCCCAGGGAUUUUUGAGCAAUCAAAGUUCAAUUCAGAAUGCUGAGAAUCUGCUAUGAAGAAUCUUAUUUGUUGAGGCGAAAAUGAGUGGAAUACUGAAUGGAACAUCAUUAUAUUCGGAGAGCUAUCCUUUGCUUUCAAAUGAUACCGGCAUCGGGGGCAGUGGCACAAAUGAAGGCACCAUUUCCAAUAUAACAAAGAACAAACUCUAUAGUGCUGAAAAAUCACCAAAUCCAAUACAAAAUGCUCCAAAACAAACUUAUUUUGCAGAUGAAAAGAUUGCAAUACCGGACACGGAUUCUAACUCCUUCAGUUUUCGUAAAUUAUGGGCUUUUACCGGACCAGGCUUUCUUAUAAGCAUAGCAUUCCUUGAUCCAGGGAAUAUCCAGUGUGAUCUUCAAGCAGGAACCUCUUCUAGAUAUCAGUUGCUAUGGGUAGUGCUGUGGUCGACAGUGCUGGGUUUCUACAUCCAAUGGCUGUCAGCCCGACUGGGCGUGGUGACAGGCCUUCAUUUGGCCGAGGUCUGCUACCGUCAGUAUGGCAAAUGGCCGCGAGUCUUCAUCUGGCUCAUGAUGGAAAUCGCCAUCAUCGGAUCGGACAUGCAGGAGGUCAUCGGCACCGCCAUUGCACUCUAUCUGCUCUCCAACAAACUAAUUCCCGUUUGGGCCGGUGUACUUAUUACAGUGGUGGAUACAUUCACUUUUCUGAUGUUAGACAAGUAUGGCCUACGUAAGCUGGAACUGUUCUUUGCUAUUCUGAUUGGAGUAAUGGCUACCUCCUUUGGAUAUGAGUUCUUUGUUGUAACACCGGACACCACGGAGCUGAUGAAAGGCCUGCUGAUUCCGGGAUGUUCGGGCUGUGACUCUCACAGUCUACUGAUCGGAGUGGGAAUCGUUGGAGCAAUUAUAAUGCCGCACAAUCUCUACCUGCAUUCGGGACUUGUAAAGUCACGAGAGAUCGAUCAUUCUAAACCGGCCAAAGUGAAAGAGGCAAACAUGUACUAUUUUAUUGAGACUGGAAUCGCUCUGGCUGUUUCCCUAGUUAUCAACGUUUUUGUUCUCGCCGUUUUUGCACACGGCGUAUUCGGUAAAACCAAUCAUGAAGUGAGAGAAAUAUGCAUAGCGGCCAAUAGUUCCUAUCUAGAAACAAUACAGGAUGACAACCAGAUGGCUGAAAUGGACAUCUACAAGGGAGGAAUAUUUCUGGGCUGUCAAUUUGGGGUGGCGGCCAUGUACAUAUGGGCUGUGGGCAUUCUGGCUGCUGGGCAGAGUAGCACCAUGACUGGAUGCUAUGCUGGACAGUUUGCUAUGGAGGGCUUCCUGAACCUGAAGUGGUGUCGGUGGAAGCGAGUGCUGUUCACGCGGCUGGUGGCGAUUCUGCCCACCUUCUCCAUCGCCUUCUACUCGAACAUCGAUGAGUUGAGCGGCAUGAACGACAUGCUGAACGCUGUCAUGAGUCUGCAGCUGCCGUUCGCCGCCAUUCCCACAGUUGCAUUCACCAGCGACCCGCGUAUCAUGGGCGAGUUCGCCAACGGAAGGUUGAUGCGAACACUGGCACUGAGCUGUAUGUUUGGUGUCCUGGGCAUCAACGCGACAUUCCUGCUCUUCCAGGUGGCUGACUUGAUUGACAACUGGCUCAUUCAGAUAGGCGUCCUCAUCUACAGCACGUUCUAUGUUACCAUUUGCACUUACCUGGUCGCUCACAUGAUCAAUAGUAUGCGACCGUCCCCAAUGCCAAAGGCCAGUAGCAGUUGAACGCACAACUCAACCAAGAAAACCAUAAAUAUAAUUUGCUGAGAGUAACUAUGAGAGUACCAGCAUUUGAUUGCACUUGCUUCAAAAUACUUUAGUCAAUAAUAGCUCCGAAUAUGUGAAGCACUAUCACAAAAAAAAAUGUGUAAGACUUUUCCAGGGUGCUUUUAAAUUUUUUAUGGAAUGAAUUUUGAUCUGUUGAAUGUAUAUUUUAUUAUGUGAUUGGUUGGCAUCUGCUAUUGUUAUGUUUUAUAUUUUUGUGGAACGAAUUUUUCUUGGUAGAAUAUUGUGGUGAAGAUGAGAAAUCUUUCUGUUUCAGAAAUAUCCAUAGAGUUGGAGAACAAGCCAUACUUGAUUGAAUAUUACAGUAAUGAAUAUUAGGAUAUAGAGUAAGAAUACAGAAAGGAUGACUGUUUUCUUUAUGAUAUUAGUGACUUUUUGAAUAUAGGGGUGCAGAUGUGAAACAUCCUUUUUUAGAAAUAUCAGAGUUGGAGAAUGAGCCUUCACGGUUGAUUGAUUAGAAAUUAGUAUUAUACCGUAUAGUACAUUGAAUCUAUAUCAAAAGCGUCUUGAACAAGCAUUCCAUCUCGGCGCUCUUUCCCUACAAUCUUCAAAAGUUUGAAAAUACUGAGAAGAAUUCAAUUUCUUAAUGACCCAUUCUUGUUCAAUCUUUGAAUUGAAUGUCUAGUGUAAGAAUAUCCUCAGUUUAAGAAUAUCCCACAUGCAUUGCAACCGUCAUUCCAGCUUCCUCCAAUUCGCUAAAACCAUGUAAUACUAUAGCUAUUCAGUUAUUAUAAUGCUAGUCACAUAUUGGUGCAUUAUUUGUGAUAAAUUUUAUCCAAUUUGAACUCGUCAACAAAUGAUAAUGUUUGAGAAACUAAAAAGUGAUAGAAAACUAGUUUUAUGUCAAUUCUUGAAAACUUGAUACAAUUCGUUUUAGGUUCUAAAAAUCAUGCCUGUUUCACAUCACUCUAUGCAAUCUUUGUAUCAGUGUUCAUCUAAAUAUCUUUGUUGAAUUUCCAAUAUAUGUGCUACUGUAUAGCAAAUUACUAAUUUAAACUUCUCUGACUCUCUUCCACAUAUUAUAGAACCACAUAAGAGUUUAUUUCACUAAAAAAAUUUCACUAGCUUGAAUCUAGGUACAUUUAAUCACUGUCCAAUCUGCCAUAAAAAUUAUUAUAAGUACUUUCAUCUCCGUUUUUAUUAGCUGAUCACUAAUCCUAUCUUAAAAAAUUUGACUUAUUCUUUUUCUGAAAAAAGAUAUUUUAGUAUCUAAGAAUGUUAUAUGCACUGGAGUGUUAUUGUUUUUAAAAGAUUUAUGAUUAAAUUUUUUAAUGAAUUUCUGAUUAUGAAUAACUGUGAUAUUGAAUCUGUCAAUAGUCUUCCUCUCAAUAUAGCCUACGAUUUGAUUGCUAAGCCUUUCUCAAUUGUGAUAUUAUAACUUUUCAUGUAUAAUAAUCAAUAAAUUUAUAGUUAAGUUGAAA